UAUACAUGUAUUAUCACUUAUGUAAAGUUAUGUGUUCAUAAUUGUAUUGCGCAUGCUCAGAACAACAUAUACAUUGUUGAAUAGUUGUUUUCUUUUGCUAUUGUGAUUCUGGGAAAGUGAAUUCUUUAUUAAUUCAAAGGAACAAUAUAUUACACUGGCGACAAGGGUGGGAUGGCUGAGAAUACCCCAUAUGGGCGCCUAGAAGAAUUUUCUCCAGAGAUAGAGACGUUCGCUUCCUACAGUGAAAGAGUCGAGCUUUUCCUUCAAGCUCACGCUGUUCCUGACGACAGGCAGGUCGCUGUUGUCCUCAACGCAGUGGGAGUGAAGAAUUACUCGCUACUGAGGGGCUUGGUUGCACCCGCAAAGCCCAGUGAAAAGACUGUCACAGAGCUGUUAGACUUGUUGAAGGGGCAUUAUGAGCCUGAACCAGUUAUAAUUGCUGAAAGGUACCAUUUCUAUACACGCAAUCAAAAGGAGGAGGAGUCAGUUGCUCAAUAUGCUGCUGAAUUGAGGCGCCUAGCUUCAACUUGUUCUUUUGGAGAUCACCUGGAUGAUGCCCUUCGAGACAGGCUUGUUUGUGGGAUUCUGUCAGCUGGGGCACGUAAGAAGCUUCUAGCUGAGAAGAAGUUAAAAUUUCAAGGAGCAGUGGCAAUUGCUACUAAUUAUGAAACAAUAGAGAAAGAUUCCCGAUCAAUUCAACAACAGCAUGAGUCAGGAGAUGCCCACAAAGUGGCAUACAAGGGGAAAGAUACUGGAGAUAAACCAUGCUACCGCUGUGGCAGACAAGGCCAUGCCCCUAGCACUUGUAGGUUUCGCAAUGCUCGUUGCAACAAUUGUUCCAAAUUAGGACAUAUUGCAGCAGUUUGUAGGAGUAAUCAAGGGAAGAAAUAUAACAGGAGUCAAGGUAAAACACACAAAGUGGAUGAACAAGCAGAUGAAACCUCAGGAGAGUCAGAAGACGAUUUAGGAGUGUUUCAAAUCCAGUCAAUCUCAUCACAUUCUCCACCCAUAAUGAUUAGCUUGAAACUGAAUGGUCAGACUAUUGAAAUGGAACUAGAUACUGGUGCGUCUGUAUCACUUAUUUCAGAAGAGGUUAAGGAUAAAUAUCUUCCUCAUGUACCACUCCAACCCACUCAUAUUCGAUUACAGACAUAUACGGCCCAAAGCAUCAAAGUGUUGGGUAAAUGUCAAGUCACAGUUAAGUAUGGGGUGCAAGAGAAGAGCCUGGUUGUGAUAGUAGUUGCUGGUAAACGACCUUGCCUGUUUGGAAGGAAUUGGUUAAAGCAUAUUGUGUUGGAUUGGAGUAGCAUUUCCCACGUGUCUUUAGCAGAGAAACAGAAGGUUGAUAAGGUAUGCAGUAAAUAUGGGGCCGUAUUUCGUGAAGAAACAGGAAUUAUGAAGAAUUUUAAGGCUAAGCUCCAGCUAAAGAAGGAUGCUAUUCCUCGAUUCCAUCGGCCACGUCAAGUACCAUUUGCACUGAAAGAGGCCGUUGGGCAGGAGUUAGAUCGUUUGGAAGGCUGUGGAAUUUUGGAAAAAGUGAAGACCAGUGAAUGGGCAGCGCCUAUUGUAGCAGUGCCUAAGAAGGAUGGUAGGAUACGUGUGUGUGGAGAUUACAAGGUCACCAUUAAUCCUUUUUUAGAUAUUGAUGUGUACCCUCUUCCAAAUGUUGAUGAGAUGUUUGCAGUCAUGGCUGGAGGUGAAAAGUUUACUAAGCUGGACCUCACUAAUGCUUAUCAGCAAAUGGAGCUGGACAAUUUGUCACGGGAUCUAGUAACAAUAAACACACAUCAAGGGCUAUACCGUUAUACACGGUUGCCUUUUGGAGUGGCUUCAGCCCCUGCCGUUUUUCAGCGUACCAUGGACACCAUACUCCAAGGACUGGAUAAGGUGGUCUGUUAUAUUGAUGACAUACUGCUGACAGGUGUGGAUGACAAUGAUCAUUUGAAGACACUGGAAGCAGUGCUCCAGCGACUGCAGCAACAUGGAAUUACACUAAAGAAAGGCUACCGCUCUACUGAGCAGCAUGGAAAUGCUGAUAGCUUAUCACGACUGCCCCUCCCUCACUGUCCUAAGAGAGAGCUGGAUGUUGACACGUUAUUCAACAUCAUUCACAUGUCAUCAUUGCCACUCACACACAGUAAGCUAAAAGCAGCUACUCUUACAGAUCCUAAGUUAAGUAAAAUUAUGGGAUUUAUCAGGACAGGCUGGCCACAAACAGUGGAUGAGGAGUUAGCAGCAUAUUGGAGGAGGAGGAAUGAGCUAUCAGUUGAAAUUGGGUGUCUACUUUGGGGGCGAAGGGUAAUUAUACCUAGGAAACUGCAGAAACAAGUGUUACUGGAGUUACACACAGGUCAUCCGGGAAUUUGUCGAAUGAAGUCACUGGCCCGAAGUCACCUGUGGUGGCCCAAUCUUGAUGCUGAUAUAGAGCAAUUGGCAAGAUCUUGUCGUCCAUGCCUAGAAGUAAAAUCAACAAUGACUCCACCCCCUCUCCACCCUUGGAUAUGGCCACGCAAACCGUGGACUAGGGUGCACCUAGACUUUGCCGGGCCACUUUAUGGGAAAAUGUAUUUACUGGCAGUGGACGCUUGUUCUAAAUGGCCUGAGGUCUGGGAGAUGUCUUCAACGACUGCUAAACGUACAGUUCAGAUAUUAAGUCAUCUUUUUGGGUUAUAUGGAUUGCCAGAACAGAUUGUCACAGAUAACGGGCCACAGUUUGUGUCAGAGGAGUUCUGUUCCUUUUUGAGAGAGAGAGGAGUUAAACAUUUUCGUUCUGCCCCCUACCACCCUGCUACAAAUGGAGCAGUGGAACGGUUCGUCAAAACUUUUAAGCAAGCUCUGAAGAUUGGGAGGCAGGAAGGAAAGCUCUCUAGUCAGGAAGUAAUUGACAGGUUCUUGCUUCAAUACCGUUCCACUCCUCAUGCAACCACACUCUCCACACCAGCUGAGCUAUUUUUAGGUCGACUGUUACGGACACGCCUAGACCUGAUGAAACCUGAAAUAUAUCAAGAGGUUGAGAGACAACAAGCUCACCAGAAACAUUAUUUUGAUAGACGUGGAUGUGAUAGAGUAUUCACCCUGGGGCAAAAUGUGUUAGUAAGAGAGUAUUGUCGUGGUGGAGUUAAGUGGUCUUUUGGGCAGAUUACUGGAAUAUGUGGACCAUUGUCAUACUGGAUUAAAUUGGAAGAUGGUCGACAAGUCAGAAGGCAUGUGGAACAACUGAAAAAGGGCAGUGCACGUGAUAGGGUGGAUAAGGAUAUUAACGAUGAUUGGAUGUCUCAUACAACAGAGCCUCAAAUAGAGGAGAGUCCAGACCUAAGGGAUGAGACUGGCUAUCACGGUAAUGAAGAUCAAGGAUCAGAAGGAAUGGCUGAGGACCAACUGGAGAGACAGGAGGUAGACACACCCUCUGAGACUACAAGUCCAGUACCUCGUUAUCCCCGUCGUAAUCGUAGGGUUCCAGAACGACCGUUCAUGGUGUCACUCUCAUAAGGGGAAGGGUGUAAUAUCAUAACAUUAUUAUUCUUAUUAUUAUGAGUAUAUACAUGUAUUAUCACUUAUGUAAAGUUAUGUGUUCAUAAUUGUAUUGCGCAUGCUCAGAACAACAUAUACAUUGUUGAAUAGUUUUUCUUUGCUAUUGUGAUUCUGGAAAAGUGAA